AUGGAUCCCUCUGCCCACAAGGAAGAUGGGCGAACCCACAAGCCCCGGCCACACGCCAGCGAGCUCCUCGGCAGCGCCAAGGUGGUGGCUGGCGCCGCUAAGGCCUCCCUCCGCCACGAACCUGGCGGCGUGGACAAGGGCAGGGUCGCCGGCGCCGCCGCUGACCUUCUAGACGCCGCCGCCCACUACACCAAAGUCGAGGAGAAGGGCGCGGGGAAGUACAUCGAGAAGGCCGAGGGAUACCUGCGCACGUACCACUCUACCCAUUCGGUACCCGGCGGCGCGGCGCCGCCCACGUCUGCCGCCGCCCACCAUGGCGCCGCCGGUAGCGGGGGCCAUGGGGAGUACUUGAAGAUGGCCCAGGGUCUGCUUGGUGGCCACUCCAGUGGGGGAGGCAGCGGAGCCGGCGGGCACUCCGGCGGAGGAGGUUACGGAGAUUACAUCAAGAUGGCCGAGGGAUUGUUGAAGAAGAAAUGA